AUGUCUCAGUUCGCGGGAAAUCAUGUCGGUGGAGUCGAUCCGUUUGAUGGCGUUCCGGACGAGCUGCAAAGAGACGACUAUCGCCAACUUGAACGUGGAUUUGCGGAUGAUUAUGGUGGGACUCACGCCGCCUGGCGUGGCUUCAGUGGUUCCGAAGAGACUCUCGGAGACUUAACGGAGGAGGACGUGCGCAAUCUCGAUGGAUUGCUUCCUUCGUGCAGCAAUGGGGGCACACUAGUUCCCGGGGAGCCAAGUACUCGCCGUGGAAAGGUGUUUGAAGAUGUUGUCGGUUCGAGUUCGAGAAAUCCUCAUCGGUCUAUAGUUUCGGGUUUGAGAGCUUCCAGUGCGGUCCCCGAAGAUGGGAGAGUUGAGCCCACGUUGGAUGAUGGUAUGGCCAAUGUUCUCGAUCGUCGAGAUAAGGGAAAAUCUCUCAGCACAGAAAAAUCCGUGUUUGACAUGUUUGAGGCGUGCGGGAUAGAACCGGGGAUUGAGAUUCUGAUCCCAAAAUCGCGUCGUCGCCCAUGGGAUGCUCCGGAGGGGUAUAUUUGCCUUUACGAAGAUUUCUUUUCGGAUUGCGGUCUUUGGUUUCCACUCCCGCAGUUUCUUGCGAGUUACUGUGCUCGUCGGGAGAUAGCAUUUUCUCAACUCACCGUGGCUUCUGUUCGGAACGCGGUGGGUCUCGCAAUCCUUGCCGCCGCGGUAGGUGUUGUCGUGGACUUAGAUCUUUUUGAAGAGUUUACCAAGUACCUGUUUGGAAAAGAGAAUCCGGGCAUGUGCUGCGCUAGUUCGAGGCCGGGUUUCAGAAUUGUCGAUGGAAAGUUUGGGUCGACGGCAGAGGAUACCGAAGACUUUCGAGCGAGAGUUGCAGCGGUGAAGGCGAGAAGGACCUUGUGGUGGCCGGAUAUACUUAAUCAUUUCAACACUUGUUCUCGGUCUUGUCUUAGGAUGGGUGAUUGUGAGAUUCCUGAUUAUGCCGAUCAAUUCGACGGAGACGGCACGCAGGUCGACGAGCCGCAGAUCGAGCUUGGCCCUAUGAUGUUACCCAACGCUUCAUUUCAGUGCGGUUUUGGGAAUGACGCUCCGGUUGGUGACGUGGACGUGGCGGUGGAGACCACGGAUGCUGCUGCGCCUGCUGACGAUCGUGACGCCUUGCGCCGGGCUAGAUCUGAGGAAGUGAAGGCUGCACGCGACGGGAAGAAGGUUUCGAGAUCCGCAAGUGGUAGUGCUCCGCCAUCGUCCGGUCGAGGAGAUACGUCUCGGAAGAGGAGCUCGCGUGGAAGUCCUGGCGGAGGUUCGAGUGUUCGCCGGGAGGCUAGGCGCGAGGAGCCCAUUCGUGAGAUCGCCGAAGGAGUUGACCAUUCAUUCUCCUUCAACUAUGGUCGGAGGGAUCGGAUGUUUUUCACUCAUGGAGCUGCAUGUGCUGAUCUUGCUAGCAAGGUUCGCGGAGACUUUGCUGAGUUUCCCGCUGUUGACUCUCUCUGCGGGAGGGAGCUUUACGAGGAUUGGGCUUCUCGCUCUUUUCAGGCGAUGAGUCAGACCAACCGUUUGGUUGGUUUCUACGAGGAGCAGUGUCGUGCCGCGGCGAGAGACUCUGACUCGGCGAAGGCUGCUGCUGAGGCUUCGGAUCGUUCUGCACAGAGCCACUUGAGGAACUACAAUUCGGAGAAGAGCAGGUGCGCUGAUCUUACGAGGCAGCUCAAGGAUAAGAAGAAGCAGUAUCUUUCCGAUACCGAUAGGCUGAGGAGGGCCCGUGAUGAGAGUGCCGCGGCCGAGCGUCAUAGGGUUGCUGGAGAGAUUCACGAGUACCGUACCCGUAUCUAUAGGAUGGGGAGACACAUCGUGGGACUUCGUGAGAAGAAGAAGCCUCUGUUGAUGCUUAGUCAGGUUUCGGGCAUGGAGAAGUGUCUUAAGAAAAUGGUGAUAAAUGGUACGCACAUUCCUCUGCGGAACUUGCCUCAGGUUGAACAGGACCACAUUCAGUGGCGGGCGACGGUUGACGGGAUAGUGGUCUCGGACAUUCUCGAGAGCGACCUCGCUCCCUUUCCAGAGUUUAUGGCUGGUCCUUCGAACGUGGCACCGGGAGAUGGGGUGUAUGAUGCAGGGGGUGCGGAAGUUGCGGAAGACGCGGAAGGAGGUUAUGCAGGGAUAAUAGGGCGAGAAGACCCUUGGAAGUUUUCGCUUGGUUCCGGGACGUAUUUUGCGGGGCGAGACGUCUCUCGGCUUAUCCUGUUACGUGCUCCUCGGAACGCUAAGCUGAAUGAGCAGACGAGGCGGGCUCGUCGUACUGUUUAG